GUAUUAUCUUUCUCAUAGAUACUGAUACAUAUGGCUGCAGAAAUUGCCAAACUUCUUUAGCUAGUUGUAUUUUGCUUGCAGUUUUAAUAGCUUUUAGAAAUUGUUUGCGGUUUUACUUGGUAGUAUUGAACAGGGAGCUCCUCAUUGUCAAUUUUAUCUGUUUAGUUAUGGACUGAGCUGUAAAUUUAAUCUGCAUAUAAUUUUUUUGAAGCAUUUAAUACAUACUAAUUAAAUGCACACUAUUUUUGGCAUCUCAAGGAAGCAUAAUACAUGCCUCAAUUUUAUGCUAUGCACAUCUGUCAGUGAAAGCUACACGAGCUAACACACAGUAUUUCAUUCCUUUCUCAUUCUAUCAUUCUCAAACAUGAACAACGAGAACGCUCUCUCUUUUGAAAUUAGUGAAAAUAAUGCCCGAUCACCUGCAAGAGUCUUGGUAGUCGAUGGUAACUCUAUAUGCCUUAAAAUUGUGUCAAAAAUGCUUCGCAAACUUGAAUAUAAAGGUGUGUAGCGAAUAUCUUGCAUUCUCUUUUACGUAUCCCUGUUCUUUUGGAUGCUUCAUAUGCUAAAACUAAUCAUGGUUCAUUUGCAACUGCUAGUUCUGUAUGUGAUAUUGACUUUGCAGAUGCUUCACAAAGUUGUGUUUGUUGUGUCAUGAUUUUCAUGUAAAAAUCAUGACAUGUAAAUAAAUUAAUGUUGCACCUCAUCGUUAAUUAGUUCUUUCAAAUUUACAUGCGUAAUGAAUGAUAGAUUUGCAUGUAGUCCUUGGUCAUCGCUCAGCAGUGUUUUUCUCUAGAAACUGCAACCUGAUUCUGCAUCUCUGAACGGAAACAUAAAGUUGUGACUGUUUGGAUUUCGAAAUUUAAUCAUGCCAUCUGUAGAGUGUUAUGAUUAUUCUUAGACCUAUGUUCCCUUUUCUUAUUUGGAAAAAGGCUGUCAAGCAAAGCCCUAGAUGAAAGCUCCUCCCCAGUGAAGAUUUAAGGCUCUAUUUUAGUAUGGGGUAACUGCCUCAGUAGAGAAGGUGAAGGCCUCAAUUCCGAUGGCUGAAGGUCAGGAGUCUGACUUUCCUCUUCCCCGAAAUGCCUAAAAAACCCGGGUCUAUUUUAGUAUUUGCAUUAUUUUGUUAUGUUGGUCACAAGAUGGGUAUGGGUGCAAUCAACAUGCCUGUAUUCAUCACAACGCACUUGAAAAGAAAGCUUUCCUUCUAGAUUAGCAUGAUAUAACAAUUAAUACUGCAAAAUUAUUUUUCCCGUUGACUCGAUCUACAUGUUUUGUCAAACGACAAUUUACUUUUAUUCCCUAAUGUUAAGAUUAGUUAUUUUGUCAUUCAAUCCAAUAAGUUAACUUGUUGGGUUGGACAUUUCACAUCAUUUACUUAUAUUCUAACAUUCCCCGCAUGUGUGGGCUGGACAAUCCGACUACCCAACACAUGUGCAACAAACGAGGCCCAACACUAGGGCUACUGUCAUACAAGGCCCUCUCUUGAGGCAACAACAAAUACAUACAAAGGCCCACACUUGGGGCAAUAAUAAAUGAGGUUUAAAUUGCAAAAGCCAAGUUAUAACUGCUAAACGAGCAGCUGAUGCUUUGUGCAUUGUGCGAGAGAAGGAAAAUGGGAUUGACCUUGUUCUCACUGAAGCUCGCUUACCUGACAAGAAGAUGUAUGAGAUCGUCCAAUCACUUGGACAAACGUCCAACUCGCCGAUAGUCUUUAUGUCGGCUGACAGUGAAGAAAGUGCCAUAUUAGGAAGCUACGCUUCAGGGGCAGUGUUUUAUUUUGUAAAACCAUUUAUAAUGAAUGAUGCAAAGAAUAUCUGGCAGUUUGCAUACAUCAGUAAAAUAGAAAAGGUGGUGGCUGUGCCUGGAGUAAGUGGCAUUUGUGGGAAGUCACGACAUGAGGAUACAGAUAUAUUGUGUGCUGUGAGACCGGAGAAACAGGGUUUGCUAUUGCAUGAAAGAAAGGAGCAGGAAGAUGAGGAACAUGAUUUGGCGAUUGUGGAGAGUUGGGAGACAGUUUGGACAAGUGAGCUACAUGACAAGUUCUUGGAAGCCGUGAAUUUACUUGGCAUUGAUAAUGCUCAUCCAAAGAACAUUCUUGAAUAUAUGAAUGUCCAAGGACUAACGAGAGAAAAUAUUUCAAGCCAUUUACAGAAACAUUAUAUCAAAUUGAAAAAAGAGCAAGCAUGUAUCCAGAAGAACACGAGGAAAUCCAUGACUACAGAACAUGCUCCAGCUGGAGUCAAAAAUUAUUUUCUGGAGGCACGUUCUCUUGGUUCUAUCUGUCCAAGCAAUCUUGUGGAAGCAGGACCUAAUGGGGUGCCAAAGUUUAUGCAUGGGCAGUCAACUCUAUUGAACAGUCUUCCUGAUGGUUCUCAUUGCAAUUCUAGCCAAUUUGGAUUCACAGAUUCAGCUAUGGGGGAGUUACCUAGCUCUGACCAGGUGAGAAAUUAUACUUUUGAAGAUUUUCUCGAAGGAACAAUGACAAUGGCUCCCUGUAACGUGGGAGAUUCUGGCUCAAGUGUAGCCAAUUGCCUGGAAUUAUUGAACAACCCUAUGCAACAACAACAAGAACAAUUUCAGAUGCCACAGCCUUCAUUCUUGCCUCCACCACAACCACAGGAGCAGGAGGAGGAGUUGACUGGCAAAAGUGGGGUUAUUGAUGAGUUGUAUCGGCUAGGAAUGGGAUCUUCCCCACUUGAUGAGUAUUUUAAUGAUCUCUAGUAGAUCGACGAAUUGUCAUAAUAUAUGUCGUGAAGUCUCCAUGAGAGCUUGAUCGCGGACAUCAUGGCUUGAUUAACAGAAAUCAAACUCCCAAUGUCCAGCAUGUUUCGGGUUUUACAACUGCAGUUUACAGGUGUAGGUUUAUAGUUAAUGUUUCGGAUUAAAUGCUUGAAUUUGGAUCUUAUGAUGUUCCUGCUAUGUUGACCUUCCUGUGUUGCUUGCUUUUUCUUAACUGAAUGUAGUUUUACAACUGCUGUG